UUCUAUUUCGUGUAUAUACACACGAUAGGAAUACUAUUAAAAAAAGGUUUCGAUGUAAAUUCCUCACUAGAGAUAAAUCAUGGGAAGAAGAUUAGUGACGCAUAAUAAUAUGGUUAAAAGAUGUGCUCAUUUAGUGCAUAGCAAACGUAUGCAUAAACGGGUUUAUCAUCAGUAUCGCAGUGUGAAUAACAAAGAAUCGAAGCAUAAUAGAGUAGAGAUGGUAAACAGAGGCAUGAUGGCUAGAUUCCAUACCAGAAAACUAUCUCUCAGGAUCAUCACUUUCUACACCAUUUUCACAUUCGCGUUCUCCGUCUCCAUCUUCUUCAUCUAUGUAAGGACCUUCAUAGCCGAUGAAGAUCAAUCGCAUGAUCCAUUUUCUCAUCAAUCUCGAUCUCACAAGGUGCCGGAUUCGCCUCGGUACAAGUACAACGAACAGCUCUGGGAUUCUCCUUAUAGUCAUGGCUUUCACCCCUGCGUCAAGCCAACUGCUAAGUAUAAAGGUGUCCAACAAUUUGAUCGCUACAUGUCUGUUAGAAGUAAUGGUGGACUAAAUCAAAUGCGAACUGGUAUAGCAGACAUGGUAGCUGUGGCACAUAUAAUGAAUGCAACUUUAGUCAUCCCUCAAUUGGAUAAACGUUCAUUCUGGCAAGACUCGAGUGUAUUCUCAGACAUAUUCGAUGAGUUUCAUUUCAUUGAAUCCCUGAAAGGAGAUAUCAGGAUUGUUCAGGAACUUCCCAAGAAUUUGGAAGCAGCCCCCCGGGCUAGGAAACACUUCACUUCCUGGGCUGGAGUUGGUUACUAUGAAGAGAUGACAAAGUUAUGGAAUGAGUAUCAGGUGAUACAUGUUGCGAAAUCAGAUUCUCGACUUGCAAACAAUGAUCUUCCUCUAGACAUCCAGAGGUUGAGAUGCCGUGCGAUGUAUCAUGCUCUUCGAUUUUCUCCUCCUAUUGAGAAUCUCGGAAAGAGGUUGGUGGAUCGGCUGAGAUCACGCGGGGAAAGAUAUAUUGCUCUCCAUCUGAGAUAUGAGAAAGAUAUGUUGUCUUUUACUGGUUGUGCUUAUGGUCUGACAGAUGCAGAAUCUGAAGAGCUGAGAAUUUUAAGGGAGACUACUAAUUAUUGGAAAGUAAAAAAGAUAAACUCAACAGAGCAGAGAAUUGGAGGAUUUUGUCCACUGACUCCAAAGGAGGUUGGCAUUUUCCUUCAAGCUCUUGGGUUUCCCCCAUCAACACCAAUAUACAUUGCUGCAGGGGAGAUCUAUGGUGGCAAUACUCAUCUAUCAGAGCUCUCUUCCCGCUUCCCUAAUCUAAUCUUUAAGGAAUCCCUUGCAACUCCUGAAGAGCUGAAAGCUUUCAACAAUCAUGCAUCUCAAAAUGCUGCAGUUGAUUACAUAAUCUCUGUAGAGAGUGAUGUAUUUGUUCCAUCAUAUUCAGGAAAUAUGGCACGAGCUGUUGAGGGGCACCGCAGGUUCUUAGGUCACCGCAAGACAAUUGACCCAGACAGGAAAGGGCUUGUUGGAAUCUUUGAUAAGCUGGAAACUGGAAGGCUAGUAGAAGGAAUGGCACUGUCACAAAUGGUGCAGCGGAUGCACAAGAACAGGCAAGGAGCUCCAAGGAAAAGACAAGGUCCAUUGCCGGGAGUUAAAGGCCGGGCACGUUUCAGGACUGAAGAGUCCUUUUAUGAAAAUCCAUACCCAGAGUGUAUAUGUGGUUCGAGAAGCAAACUAGAAAGAACGUGAAGAGAAACCAAACUGCAGUUCCAGUUCCAGUUCCAGUUCCAAUCUAAAACCUUUGUAGGGUCUUGUUUACCUGUCAAGUUGUUUUAGAUAGACUAAUUGUAACUAGUCAUUUCCGACACACAUGGUUCCUCAGGCCUGUCUGUGCUUUGAAGCAAUGUGGUCGCAGGGUUUUUGGAAAUCCAUACGAUCAAAUCCAAUGUUGACAGCCUAACUCCUUAGCUGUACUCGAGCCAUUCACGUCAAGUAGCAUCGAGCCAUUGACCUUUAUAUCUUAAUUCAUAGAGAGAAUAGACCCCACUCCCUUACAAAAAAGAACUCUAGUCUCCAGGUGAAGCCAUUGGAAAGGCAAGCUGUAAGUUACACAUUGUAAAGUUUAAUAACUUCAGAUGUUUGGUUAUGUUUGACAAGCUAAUCUCAGUUUGAAUUUUAAUGGUGAA